AUGGCCGCUCCAACACCAACCAUCAAACUCGCCGUCUUGAUCGAUGCCGACAACGCCAGCGCCGCCAUGGUGAGCUACGUCCUCGCCGAAAUCGCAAAGUACGGCACCGCUUUCGUCAAGCGUGCUUACGGCGACUGGACAAGUUCGUACCUGAACAAAUGGAAAUCUAAGCUGCUUGAGAAUUCUAUUCAACCGAUGCAGCAGUUCGCCUACACGGUGGGCAAGAACGCGACGGAUUCGGCCAUGAUUAUCGAUGCGAUGGAUCUGCUGUAUACGGGCAGGUUUGACGGCUUCUGCAUUAUCUCAAGCGAUAGUGAUUUCACUCGGCUUGCGUCGCGCAUUCGUGAAUCGGGGCUGUUGGUUUAUGGAUGUGGAGAGCGCAAGACACCAAAGCCAUUUGUUACUGCGUGCGACAAGUUUAUCUAUGUUGAGAAUCUCAUACCGAGAACUGAGACGCCGAUUGUUGAGUCGGUCGAGUCGGCUGAGAAUACGCUAGCAAGACUGUUUGAGACGGGGUCAUACAACACAGCGCCAUACAGUUAUGGAUCUACCAACUACAGCCUGCCCAACGGAGGACAAUCCGAAGCAGGACCAUCAGGCGCAGGUCCUUUGGUUGUAGUACCACCCCAGAGCCAGCCGACCGACACUCCUCCGGCCAAGCGAAAGCGAACCAAAAGCGAUACCGACGCGCCAAUCAACGACCCUCAGCCCAUCACCCCGCAGCUGAUCGAGUGGCUGCGAGGCGCCGUGGAGGCAUCAUCAGAGGAACAAGACGGCUGGGUCAGACUCGCUGACGUCGGGAACCUUAUGCUUAGAUGGCAUCCGGAUUUUGACUCCCGAAGCUACGGGUUUGAGAAGUUCGGGCCGUUGAUACAGGCUACUGGGACGUUUGAAAUGGACCGCCGGAUUGUCACUCAGGGAAGACCCCCUAUCGUGUAUGUGCGGGUGAAGCAAGUGGAGGAUAAGGGCAAGGAGAAGGAGGAAGGGAAUUCCAAUGGGGAUGGCAAACAGUUAGAGUUUCCUCUGCCAAGGACUCUGGUCUCUUAUGGAUCUUAG